AUGUCGACUCUCCUCCGCCCCCCAAACAAGAAGAAGACGAAACGAAAGAAGAAGACCCGAUGGACGAAACCGAAAAAGAAGAACAUUCCUGAACUGUUGCAUCGAUCGUUUUACGAUCCCAAGCAACCGGGAGGAUUUGCCGGAUACCAGCAACUGAAACGUCAAGCACGAAAAAAAGGAAUCGAGCCGUGGCAGGUUCGUCAGUGGCUCAGAACGCAGCCGGGCUACACGUUGCACAAACCCGUUCAGCGACGGUUCCCGCGACGUCGCGUCAUGGUGGACGGACUCGAUCAGCAAUGGCAAGCGGAUUUGGCCGACGUGAAAAAAUUGCGAGAGGACAACGACGGRGUGGAGUAUUUGCUUAUCGUGGUGGACGUGUUGUCGCGGUACGCGUGGGUCCGUCCCAUCCGCAAGAAGAACGCCCAGGAAGUCACYGCWGCCUUCCGAGACAUUUUUGAAGAAGAAGGUCGUGAACCGGACGUCUUGCAGACGGACGAAGGAACGGAAUUUUUGAAUCGCACUUUGAAAUCGCUGYUGGAACAACGAGGCAUUCGUCAUUUCGUGGUAUAUGGGGACACCAAAGCCCAGAUCGUCGAACGGUUCAUUCGCACCUUCAAAGAGCGCAUGUGGCGUUACUUCACAGCCCGGAACACGAAUAGGUACGUGGACGUCUUGGACGAUUUUGUGAAAGGUUACAACGCAGCGUACCAUCGAUCUAUCCGACGCAGUCCCGAUUCGGUGACGCACGACAACGCGCAAGAAGUGUGGCACACUCUGUACGGCAAGACGGAGAAAAAACCAGUACGUUACCGAUUCAAACCGGGAGAUCGCGUCCGAUUGAGCAAGAAGGCUGAAACGUUUAAAAAGGGCUACACACCUGGCUGGACCGAAGAAGUCUUUGUGAUCUCGAGACGCGUACCCGGCACGCCACCCUUGUACAAGAUUCAAGAGUGGGACGGAUCUCCCAUCGAGGGAUCGUUUUACGAACAGGAAUUGCARCCCGUYACCGUCGAAGCCAGCGACCUGUUCCGCAUCGAAUCGAUCUUGAAACGUCGAACCCGUAAAGGACGCGAACCCGAAGUGCUCGUGAAGUGGCGUGGAUGGCCGGACAAGUAUAACAGUUGGAUCCCUGCUCGUGACGUYCAAGGAUGA